UGUUGGCGGUUUAGUUAGUUUUUCCGGUUUCCUCACAACUACAAAUACAAAAUUGACCCCACACAUUCACAGAGUGGUUCUUCUGUUGACGACGGGAUGGGCAGCAGCAGCGGCGCUAAAACGCCGUCGUUAAUGAGGGACUUUCUCAGGCAUGCGGGCGGCAUCGCGGUGGUCGACGGUGGACUUGCCACCGAGCUCGAACGCCACGGUGCUGACCUCAACGAUCCUCUCUGGAGCGCCAAAUGCCUUCUCACUUCCCCUCACCUCAUUCGCACGGUACACAUUGAUUACCUUGAAGCUGGUGCAGAUAUCAUAAUCACAGCGUCCUAUCAGGCCACCAUUCAAGGUUUCGAGGCCAAAGGAUUUUCAACAGAAGAGAGCGAAGCCUUGCUUCGGAAAAGUGUUGAAAUUGCCCGUGAGGCACGUGAUGUGUAUUACGACAGAUGUACGCAAUGCUCUUCUGCUGACAGUGCAAACGGUAGAAUUCUCAAGCGUAGGCCAAUCUUAGUUGCAGCGUCUGUGGGGAGCUAUGGUGCUUAUUUGGCUGAUGGGUCUGAGUACAGUGGAGAUUAUGGUGAGGCUAUGACUCUAGGAGGUUUAAAAGAUUUUCAUCGGAGAAGGGUCCAGGUCCUAGCAGAAUCAGGUCCUGACUUACUUGCAUUUGAAACGGUUCCAAAUAAGCUGGAGGCUCAGGCUUAUGCUGAGCUUUUGGAAGAAGAAAACAUGCAACUUCCUGCGUGGUUUUCUUUCAACUCUAAAGAUGGCAUCAAUGUUGUUAGUGGUGAUUCUCUCCUUGAAUGCGCCUCAGUUGCUGAAUCAUGCAAUAAAGUCGUUGCAGUUGGAAUCAACUGCACCCCCCCUAGAUUUAUCCACGGACUGUUAACACUAAUUACACAGGUGGCUACAAAACCAAUUAUUGUGUACCCAAAUAGUGGUGAAAGCUAUGAUGCAGAUAGAAUGAUGUGGGUGCAAAACACUGGGGUUUCAGAUGAAGAUUUUGUCUCGUAUGUAAACAAAUGGUGUGAGGUAGGGGCUUCCCUUGUAGGAGGUUGUUGCAGAACAACCCCAAAUACAAUCAGAGCAAUAUACAGGACUCUUCCCAAUAGGUCAACAUCUCCACCAGAGCAGUAACCACUUUGGCUUUGCGAAGAGAGAUCAGUCGAGCAAGACUAUGAGAAGGCUCAUCUGUCGAGCAAGACCUGAUAGAAGCUGUCCACAGUUUUUUCAUGUCACUUGGCAUUUUGCAUCGUCUUCUGGCUUACAUACGAGGGAUCUACAUGCAUGGAUUAUAUCCAAGACCAAGAGUUUUCAGUUGUUUGAAUGCAACUGUAUGUGCUUAACCAGAUCAGUUUAGUUUUUGAACACUCUGACUCCUGUACAUUAUAACUAAUUUUAUUGCAGAC